AGUCUGCGAUCAUUCGCUCUGUCUGUGUCUUUUUCCUAGCACCCCGAAAGCCACCCAAAAGCUCGCAAUUUAUUCAACAUGGCCAUUCGUGUGGAGUUGCUGCUGGUGAUGGUUCUGUUGCCGCUGCUGCUGCUCGAAUCCGUCGUCCCGUACGCGGCGGCCGAAAAGGUUUGGGUCGACCGGGACAAGGUGUACUGUGGCCAUCUCGACUGCACCAGGGUGGCGACGUUCAAAGGCGAACGGUUCUGCACCCUGUGCGAUACGCGCCACUUCUGCGAGUGCAAGGAGACGCGCGAGCCUCUGCCGUACAUGUACGCCUGCCCGGGCACGGAACCGUGCCAGUCGAGCGAUCGGCUCGGUUCGUGCAGCAAAACGAUGCACGAUGUGCUGUGCGACCGGAUCGAUCAGGCCUUCCUGGAGCAGUAAGGGUGGAGAAGCUACAGUUUCUGCGAGACGAUGAAGGGGUUUUCUCCUGGUACGGUAGUUUAAAAAAACACAAAAUAGAACCAAAUAAUUGGUUGCAAAUAAAAAGGUUCUGGUUGAGAGAGAGAAAAAAAAACAAACAAAAUUAUAGAUAUAGCUUUUUACCCUUUGCAUGUGUGCAUAAACAUUUCAGCUUGUUGGGAAGAAACUUCUAGGAAUUUGUUUAA